UUUUUGACAAUUCGUAAAUUGCUGUUUACGAUGUGAAUUGUUUUUUAAGUUUGUUUUGAGGAAAAAGUCCUUUUAAUCGCUUUCAAUUGGAGUCCAACACAAUCAACACUUGAAACAACACUACAUUUAGCAAACGCUAAACGUUGCAACACUUUUUUUUUACAUCACUUUACAUCACAACUCAACAAUCUCCAAUUGCAUUUAACAAAUUUAUUGGUCGAUCUUAACUCAACAUACAAAAAAAAAAACAAUCGCUUCCAACUCAGGAAGUUAUGGCGCCUCAGCCUGUGGUAACUGGUCUUUCACCUAAAGAAGGUCCGCCUGGAACCAGAGUGAUAAUACGUGGCGAAUUUCUCGGCACUAAGGCUACCGAUUUAUUGGGUUUAAAAAUAUGCGGUUUUGAUUGUUUGCUUUCGGCGGAGUGGGUUUCUCCAAAUAAAAUUAUUGCCCGCACUGGCCCAGCGAAAGGCAUUGGCGAUAUUAUUGUCACCACGCGCAGUGGCGGAGAAGGAAUAUCCGCUGUGCAAUUCCGAGCUUUAGGCCAUCACGAAACUAUAGGUCCUUUAAAAGAAUCUGCCGUGUGGAUAGAUGAGGCUCCUUCUCAAAAUUUUGCUUGGGGACGACGGACUCUAGUUCAAUCUGGCUUAACGCCCGAUGAUCCCUUAGGCUUAUCUACGGAAGGCAACGAGAAAAAGAAUGUAGAAAAUCUACGAGAGUUGUUUCCCAAUGCCAGCGGUGAUUUAUCGCAAGAGAACUUUUCGCCGGCGUUAUUUUUAUUGGAAAAUCACUCCUCUACCACAUUUGCGGACCUUAAGGCUGGCCUUAAUUAUCUCAAUCGAAAGGUGGAGAGUCAAAAAGAGGGACAACUAUCAUUUUUAAAGUCGAAUGCUGGUUCUGUUAUCGAGCAGCUAGAUACAUUGAUGAGUAUUAAAGAAAAAUUGCAAGCAGACCAAAGCCAAUAUGGAACACAACCCUUGAAUGUAUUAGAACAAGAAAUUCAAAGUUCUAUCAAGGAAUCAGAGAAUAUAUUUACUGAUGUGUUAUUACGCAAAGAGAAAGCUGAUUCCACGCGAGCUGUUUUGCUGGCUCUAUCGCGGCAUAAAUUCCUUUUCUGCUUACCUAAUACGGUAGAGAAACGUGCUCUGGCCGGUGAAUAUGAUAUGGUAGUAAAUGAUUAUGCUCGAGCUAAAAGCCGUUUUGGCAAAACUGAGAUACCUAUUUUUCGCAAAGUUAUGGAAGAGGUGGAUCAACGCAUAUUACAAAUAAGGCGACAAUUGCAUGAGAAUGUCAUAAAAAUGCCACAAAGUGUGGAACAGCAACGUAAACUUAUUAAAGCUUUAAUUAGCCUGGAAGUACAACAACAAACAGGUACUUCUAUCAAUGAUAAAUUGCGAAAUAUUGAUCCCGCCUGGGAUGCUAUCGACGCCAGAGCUAAAUACAUGGAAAAAACAUUUAAACAAACUUUUGAGCAGUUUGCCGGGAAAGACGCGCAGGGAGGGGAAAAAAGCAAAAAUCGUGACUUAACUCAACCACCUAAUCGAGUGCUAUUUUGCGAGGAAUUGUGUGAGAUAGCUGCUGCUCAGCUACCCGAUUUGUGGCGUUUAGGACAAAUGUAUUUUACCGGAGAGCUGAGGGGUCCAAAUGAUCCUAGGCCGGGCGAUUUUAAGCGAAUGGUUUUAAACGCUAUUGAAAAAUAUUGCGUUUAUCUCAAAGUAGCCAUAUGCGCCACAGAUGCUGAAGCGCGCUCUUUAAGGCAAUCAGUAGGAUUUGUUUGGCCAAUAAGCCAUAGUUCGCACGAUAUUUUCAAGUCCUGGUUGCCGCAAUGUUUGCGUUAUACACGCAUCACCUACGCUACAUUGAUAAGUUUAGAUUUACCUUCACCUGCUUUAGAUAUUGUCCAGAAAUUCAUAGAUGAAACCAGAUUGCAAUGUUUUUCGAAUAUAUUUGAAAAAGCCACUCAAAAAUGUUCAAAAUUGGGCGAAAAUGAAUUGUGGGAAAUGGGCGUCGAAGAUUUUCCAGGAGCCACUUUAUUACCUCAGCGCAUGGAGGAACUCUUAAUAGAAACUUUAGAUGAGGCUCAGCAAUCGUGCAUUAAUCCAGAAAUAAGGGAGGGAAACCUUAUGGAAACUGAAUCGGAUGGUCAACGCGAAGUGUCAUUACGUUUGCAGAAGUUCUUGCUUUGCUUUUGUGAUGUGAUACAAGAAUUAGCGUUCGAAUCACACAAAGAGGAAAUUCCCACACACAAUGUUUCUCAACUAUUAGGCUAUCCAAAUAACCAACAAAAUAGUACUUUGACUUCUGGAAGAUUCCCUAGUUUCUCUUCGUCCACAGCAGUCACAUGGGAGCAACGUAUGUUGUGCUGUUUAGCUAAUUGUGCGUAUUGCAACAAAAGCUUCUUUCAUCGGGUGGGAAAACUUUUUGAACGGUAUGGUUACCCGUUGUCAUCGCUGGCUAUUGAAACCGCUCGUUAUUCAGUGAAUAAAUUAUUCUCCAACAUCUUAGAUGCUUAUGUUGAACACAAGGGUGACCCAUUAGUGGGCACUAUAGAGCCGUCGAUGUAUUUGGGAGCUUUUCAAUGGGACGCGGAAAUGAAUAUAGGUCAAUUAAGACCGUACGCGCAUGAAUGUUGCGAUAACUUAGUUGCUGUGUAUUCAGAAAUUUACACGAUUUCACCGGCUUUAUUAAGACCUAUAUUGGAGCCAAUCGUAUUGACAAUAUCAGAAGAAUUAGCACGUUUAAUGAGUUGUGUCCAACAAUUUAGUCCGACUGGAGCUGUACAGGCCAAUGUGGAUAUUCGUUUACUAAGAGAGGCUUUACGCUUGUAUACCAAUGAUACGGGCAGAAAUUACUUCAUGGAAGCUUUGGAAGCGAUCAAUCCUCCUUUAAGCAAUGAACAAAUAAAAAAAGCUGACGAAAUUUUAGACCAAGUUAAAGAACGUAUGAAAUUGCAGUUGAUGUGUUUUGCGGUCAAAGAGCCGUAAUCGGAAAUAAAAGUAAACCAUUAUUUAUAUAUCACAAGCGAUAUUAUUUUCGAUAAAUACUUAAAGUCACUUGCAGGGGCGAUCCGAAGAGGGCUCGUUGAUUCAUUUAAAUCGUAAAAGAUGAAUUCGUUUCAGUUAAAAACAUUGUUUUUUAUUGUUAUAUAAAAAAA